AAGAUUCGGUUUUUGUUUGGGUUGGUAAUCAAGGAAAUGAAUUGUUGAAUAAUUUGGCUGUUGCAAUGCCUCCGCCAACUUCAUCAAUGCCAGCCACUGCCACAAAUGCAUUAACCAAUGAUAUUGAUGAACUUUCCAAGCAAUUUGGAAAAAAGCUUGCAUCAAAAUUUAAGAAACAAUUUUUUGUUAGUAUUAAUUUACCAUCCGAUAAUACUGAUAAUACGAUAUUAAUCUUUGCUGAAAAGAAAGUAUUGGAAUUGAUUAAAGAAAUAUUUCCAUAA